GGAGAAAUAAAAUUUUUGUUUUGUUUAUUCGUGUUUAUUGUUGUAUUUUUGUCUUUCUCUACGAAUUGUCUGUUACCUCUUUUGGAAUUUUCGUUUGUGUUAUGAAUAAUGUAAAAAAAUAAAGAACUUAUGGCACAAGAUAUGAUAAAAAUACGCGAAUUUCAUGUAGAAGAUGGCUUCGUGUUUAAUUUCGACAUGGUAGACUUUGUGAAACAUGAAAAGAUUCCGGUAGCACCAGAUCCAUUUCUUCUUAUUUGUAAAGUGAUUUUGAAAUGCCGUUCAUGUAAAAUACCAAUUUCAUCGAGGAUUUUGGGGAAUUGUCGUGUUUAUCCAAUACCAUCAAACCAUUCUUUGAACGCGUUUCUGAAAAGUGACGAUGAAGUUAGUGGGAAUGUUAUUGUAUUUAUGGAAAGAUUCAACAAAGUAUUUGUACAAUGGUUUGGUCCAUGUAAGCAAAUGGAAUGUGAUGCAAACUUGUUGGCUAAAGUCUACAGAUCACAAUGGAUUUUAAACGAAGUCUUGUCCAACAUGAACGGCAGUGAUGUUGAUAUGAACAAGAAGAAAUUGAAAGAAAAAUAUUGGAGUGUUGUUUGCGAGAUUUUGAAUAAAAUUGAGGCAAAGAAAACAGAUUUAAAAGGUUUUGCUUACGAUGUUUUGGACAAGUCAAAUGCAGACAAGCUGACAACACAACUGACUGCGUCUUCGGGUAAGGUAUUGGUAAAAGGUACAGCAGCAAUAUUGUUAGCUGAAAUUGCUGAAGAACUUGGUCGUAAAAUUGCAGCAAUACUUGCAACAAAAACAGCAACCAAAGCUGCGACAAAAAGCACUUCAGCACAUGCAAGUAAACUGGCUGCAAAGAGUCUGCCUGUUUUGGGUCUUGCUGUUGGUGUUGGUUUUGGACUAUGGCGGUAUUGGCAGGGUGACACAACCGGUGCAGGUUUGGAGGUAAUUUCUGGUGCUGCUGCAUGUAUUCCUGGUAGUGGAACUGCAACGUCGCUGGCUAUUGAUGCUGGGCUUAUCGCAAGGGAUGUUUAUGAUGCAAGGAAUCAUGAAGUUCAGGUCAUGAAAGAUAAAGUAAAAAAUCUUGAUGAAUCCUUGAAUGAUUUAUAUGAAAGAUAUGACAAUGCUUUGUCUGACUAUGAGUUUGUUCAAGAAAUAUUUGACAAGAAUAUUAAAUUUAGCAAUUUGGAAAUGGAGGUUAACAUACUGCACAAAAUAGUGAGUCAUUUAAACACAAAUAGCGAGGACACUUUUGACAUAUUGUAAAAAUGUCCACAUUUAGAACACCACUAAUUUAAUGUGUAUUUCAUUUAUGACAUAAUCUGCCUUUCAAUGUAUAUAAUGACUGAUAAUGACUGUAUGUAGAAUUUUUUUUGACAUUCAUUGUAAAGGAUGAUCACUAUUGUAGAUUGGAUUUUUUAGCAAAUAAAUCAUUCUAUUACAAUUAAA